UCCAGAAUGCUGGCCUUGUUAUAUUUUACAAGCUUUAUUUAUUUUUUAAAUGGACAGCCACCUGUCAGUCGUAUCAAAGGAGAAAAAGUCAUCCCACGGUUUAUCUGCAGUAUGCCUGGCUUGCCUGGACCACCAGGACCACCUGGACUACAUGGACAAACUGGACCACAUGGGCGCAUUGGUCUCCCAGGAAGAGAUGGAAGAGAUGGUAGAAAGGGAGACAAAGGUGAAAAAGGAGAGAUAGGUAUAAAAGGGAAGACAGGAUCUGCUGGACAAAGAGGAAUGCAAGGAGACCAAGGCCAUUCUGGUAAGAAAGGCCCUGAAGGGUUAAAAGGGGAAAAGGGAGGAACAGGUCCAGUUGGCCCACCUGGGUCGAAGGGAAACAAAGGACAAAGAGGAGAAAGAGGCCAACCUGGGGUCUGUAAGUGUGGCAGCAUUAUACUAAAGUCAGCCUUUUCAGCAGGUAUAACCACAAGCUAUCCCAGAGAAAGAUCACCUAUAGUGUUCAACAAAGUCCUUUUUAAUGAAGGAGGCCAUUAUAAUGCCAACACAGGAAAGUUUGUCUGUGGUAUUCCAGGAAUUUAUUACUUCUCCUAUGAUAUUACCUUGGCAAACAAGCAUCUUGCUAUUUCACUGGUACAUAAUGGACAGUAUCGGAUAAAGACUUUUGAUGCCAAUACUGGAAACCAUGAUGUUGCUUCUGGAUCCACAGUUAUGUACCUGACUACAAACGAUGAGGUAUGGUUAGAAAUAUUUUAUCCAGAUCAGAAUGGUUUGUUUUCUGAUCCAACAUGGGCAGACAGUCUAUUUUCUGGAUUCCUAUUGUAUGCUGACACAGAAUAUCUAAAUGCUCUAUCUGAAAAUGAGGAUCAGGAAUAAAAAUUAUCUGUAUCUGGGAAUGGCCAGGAAUGAAUGAUACUAUUGUCAAGCAGAAUGAUACUGAAGCAAAUCACCUGUCGGAAUGCAGAUAUUCAAGUACAAAUUCAGCUGCAUGUGGGACUGUACCCAGAUUUGUUAAAAAAGUUGUUGCAUUCAAGACUUAGCUUACACAAAAGAAGCUUUCAGACAUAUGAGUACUAUAAGAUGAUGUCAGAAACAAAGGCAGAAAAGACUCUGAAAACAAUUAGUGCUGUCUGUAAAUAUAGUUUGUUAACUACCCCUAGAAGACCUUGUGCUUUUAUCACAAAGUUUGAUUUUUUUUUAAUUUGUGUUUCUUUCUUAACUAUGUACUGUAAACUAUAUACACAGGCACAAAUUUUGCUCAAAUCAACUAAAUCAAAAAUGAGCUGCAAGUUCAAUUUAAUAGAGAAUAUUUGUGGAUAUAACUUAUUAUUAUUAUAUAUUGUUAAAUUCAAAUAUACAGAAUAUACAUAGAAGGUCAGUGUAUAAUACUAUAUUAUUCUAUUCUGGCAAACCAUUAAACAAAUUUGUUAUUGCAUCCAUUAUGUAUAAGAAUUAUAAAUUAAUGCACUUACUGGUGUGUAUUAUUGUAUUUGUUUAAAAGUGGGUUUUACCAUAUAAAGUAUGAAUGACUGACAAAAUUAUUUCUGUUCAUUUCACAGUUCCAUGUAUAACAAGGUAAAAAUCUCAGCCAAACAAAAAAAAGCUUUGAUAUUAUUAUUUAAUUAAGAAGAUAACAGAACAUUUUGGGUCACCAUUAUCACUGUCAUAACUGUUAUUAUUAUUAUUAUUAUUAUUAUUAUUUUUGUUUAAUUUCAUUUUACUUUUGUAGCUCUACAUUUAAUUGACCAUAUUAGGCUACACUCAGAGACAUAAUCAUUCCCCAUUAAAAGCAAAGAAGUGAUACCAUUUCAGAAUCAGUUUAAUCAGAAUGUGCAGAUUCUAAAUUACUUGUAAGCCUGAAAAUUAAUGAGCAUACUGGAAAAUAAUACAAAUUAAAUUAUUCCUCUAUCACUCAGUCUUCCCACAGCUCUUCCAUUCCGCUCACCAACUUCAUCUUUAAUCUUUACCCCCAUUUCAGCUUUCUACACGUACUUCUUAUUUUUAAUAGUCACCCAGGCAUCUCAGGCUUCUCUUUUUUCAGCACUAGAUGCACACCUUACUGGCUUGAUCUAACUUAUUCCCCUUUCUCUUAUACCUGCCUAACUCCUUUAUCCUACCGGAAAUGAAUGUAUUUCUUCACGUUGCAUCAUUCAAUUGUUCUCGGAGUUUUUCCUUUGACUCUAUUCCAUUUCAGCUAAUCAAAUGUUUGCCCAUCCUCUUUACCACAAACAAUCAGUGAAGAAGUUUCCACAUACAGUUUGCUUUUCCAUUAUCUGGUCUUUUAACUGUUAUGCAUGCAAUUGCAUAUUCAGUCAGUGAAUUAUUAAGUUAGAUUGGCUAACUAUUGUCAACAGAUUGUAAGACUAGAGCUCUUAGUUUGUAUUAUUGCUGAAAAUAAAGUUCUUGUAUUGACAGCUGGAGCUUUUCCCUCCAGCCCACUACUGUAAAUGGAGCCCUCUCAGGGGGGUCUACCAUUUAACAAAGUAAAAUAAAUGAAUGUGAUCAUUCCUGUUCUUGUAAGAAUGUAUUUUAGAAAAGAAAACGAAGUGGAUACAAGUAA